GUCUUACCCUAAUGUAAGAUGGUGGCCCGUCUGGCUGUGGAACCCACCGAAAGCUGAGAGUCUCUCUCUCAGCCGUAAAGGUCGGACUCGCUGAAGCAAUCAGGCCCGUUUCUGAAGAGUUUUUUCCUCGACACUCGUUCAGUGGUCUCCUGUGAGGACGCGGCAACGCGUGGAGUCGGAUAAGGGAAAAGCGAGGCAAGGCAGGCGGGUCUUCGAAGUUCUACAGUUUAGUUCCUAGCGCUGAACCUCCUUCUCCCUUAAAUUAUUAUAAACUUUUGCUGCUGUUUAAUAAACGUGAAGAUGUCUCGCAGUCCUGAUGUGAAGGAAGACCCUGUGGAAUGUCCUCUUUGCAUGGAGCCCUUGGAGAUAGAUGAUAUCAACUUUUUCCCUUGCACCUGUGGCUACCAGAUUUGCCGAUUUUGUUGGCAUCGAAUUCGCACUGAUGAAAAUGGGCUUUGUCCUGCAUGCAGAAAGCCAUAUCCAGAAGACCCAGCAGUUUAUAAACCACUCUCCCAGGAAGAACUGCAAAGGAUAAAGAAUGAGAAAAAACAGAAACAAAAUGAGAGAAAACAGAAAAUAUCAGAAAAUCGCAAACAUUUGGCUAGUGUACGUGUUGUACAAAAAAACCUCGUCUUUGUUGUAGGUCUGUCUCAGCGCCUAGCAGACCCAGAGGUUUUAAAACGACCAGAAUAUUUUGGGAAGUUUGGUAAAAUACAUAAAGUUGUCAUCAAUAAUAGCACAUCAUAUGCAGGCUCACAGGGUCCAAGCGCCAGUGCUUACGUAACCUAUAUCCGGUCGGAAGAUGCUCUCAGAGCCAUACAGUGUGUCAACAAUGUGGUGGUAGAUGGCAGAACACUUAAGGCAUCUCUAGGUACAACAAAAUACUGCAGUUACUUCUUAAAGAAUAUGCAGUGUCCAAAGCCUGACUGCAUGUACCUACAUGAAUUGGGGGACGAGGCGGCCAGCUUCACAAAAGAGGAAAUGCAGGCGGGUAAACACCAAGAAUAUGAACAGAAGCUACUUCAAGAAUUAUAUAAAUUAAACCCCAAUUUUCUUCAACUGUCUACGGGUUCAGUUGAUAAGAAUAAGAACAAAGUGACGCCACUGCAGAGGUAUGAUACCCCCAUUGACAAACCUUCCGAUUCUCUCAGCAUAGGGAAUGGUGAUAAUUCCCAGCAGAUAUCUAACAGUGAUACACCUUCACCACCACCUGGUUUAUCAAAAUCCAAUCCAGUCAUCCCUAUCAGUUCAUCCAAUCACAGUGCACGGUCUCCUUUUGAAGGGGCAGUAACUGAGUCACAGUCGUUAUUCUCAGACAAUUUCCGCCAUCCCAACCCUAUCCCAAGUGGGCUUCCUCCUUUCCCCAGUUCCCCACAGACAUCCAGUGACUGGCCUACAGCACCAGAACCACAGAGCCUCUUCACAUCAGAAACAAUCCCAGUAUCGUCUUCUACAGACUGGCAAGCAGCAUUUGGCUUUGGUUCUUCUAAACAACCAGAGGAUGACUUGGGUUUUGAUCCCUUUGAUGUCACUCGAAAAGCCUUAGCAGACCUGAUUGAAAAGGAACUGUCAGUCCAAGACCAACCUUCCCUUUCGCCCACAUCUCUUCAGAACUCCUCUUCACACACUACAACCACCAAAGGUCCGGGCUCUGGAUUCCUACAUCCUGCUGCACCUACAAAUGCCAACUCGAGUCUCAAUAGUACCUUUUCAGUCUUGCCACAGAGGUUCCCUCAAUUUCAGCAGCACCGAGCAGUUUAUAAUUCAUUCAGUUUUCCAGGCCAGGCAGCCCGCUAUCCUUGGAUGGCCUUUCCACGCAAUAGCAUCAUGCACUUGAACCACACAGCAAAUCCCACCUCAAAUAGUAAUUUCUUGGACUUGAAUCUCCCGCCACAGCACAACACAGGUCUGGGAGGGAUCCCUAUAGCAGGGGAAGAAGAGGUGAAGGUUUCGACCAUGCCACUGUCAGCCUCUUCCCAUUCAUUACAACAAGGACAGCAGCCUACAAGUCUCCACACUACUGUGGCCUGACAACAGAACUGAGAGGAGAGGAUUAGACUCUGGGGUGCUUGCAUGGGCAACCGGAUUUUUGCAUGAUUCCUUUCUGAUUUUGCAUUUAAUGUAUACACCCAAAAGAGCCAAUAUAAACGUUCCUCAUGCCUACAACUAGUGUGUUACCUCAUAGUUGCUAAAGUAUUUCUUCAUUAGGCCUUUAACACAGUUUAUUAGCUUAAUAAUUUUGGCAUUGUUUCUCAUGAGUGAUACUAUUUUUUAACUCACACAAAUAAACUUGUAGUACUAAUUAAGAUCCCAGGUGAGAUUAGCUAGAAUUGUUAUUUUGGCUCUAUUAUUGAAAAUAUUCAAAGAUAAUGGUAGUUCCUUGUUUUCUGAUUUGUGAAAAAAUGGUAAUAUCCUAAUAUAUUCAUGAAAAUUUGAAAGUUAAGAAGAUAAUGUCUUGCAUUCUUUGACUACUUGAGAAGAAAGAAUACAUAUAAAACAAAAUUGGUGGUGUCAUUUAAUGCUCAGAAGGAUGUUGUCAGCAAUUGUUUGUAGUUGUAUGGAUUUAUCCUAUAUUAUGCAUUUCAUGUUUAGAAACUGUCUUUGUUCUCUCUCAUUUGCACAUUUGCACUUUCUUUUUGAAUGGUUGUUAAUUAUAUAGAGACGCUUAAGAGAUCAUUAUUAUAGACUAAAUGCAAUAUAAUCUCUUUUCUAAUGCACUGCCUAGUAUACCGGGAAAUGCCUCAGAAACAGAAUUUCAACUUACAGUUGAUUUAUCAGAAACUUGAAUAUGGGGUAAAUAUUGUAUGUCAGAAGCAACCAUAGUAGUGUAACAUUUUUAUUGGAAAAACGGUAGUUCUGUGGGAUAUUUGUUUGGAAAUCUCAUUGUUUCACAAUUGAAGUGUGAUAAUAAAACUAUAUUACAAGUA